CAGAGUGAGAAAACAGCACUUCUUUCCGGUGUAGGGGCACAGUCGGAGCGACUCGACGACUCGGCGUCGAUUGUGAGGAUGACACGGCAUGGCAAGAACUGCACGGCGGGGGCCGUCUACACCUACCAUGAGAAGAAGAAGGACACAGCGGCGUCGGGCUAUGGGACCCAGAACAUUCGACUGAGCCGGGACGCUGUGAAGGACUUUGACUGCUGCUGCCUGUCUCUGCAGCCCUGCCAUGAUCCUGUGGUGACCCCAGAUGGCUACCUGUAUGAGCGGGAGGCGAUCCUGGAGUACAUUCUGCACCAGAAGAAGGAGAUCGCCAGGCAAAUGAAGGCCUACGAGAAGCAGAGAGGCGCAAAGCGAGAGGAGCAGAAAAAGCUGCAGCGAGCAGCAGCCCAGGACCAAGUCCGCGGCUUCCUGGAGAAGGAGGCAGCCAUCGUGAGCCGGCCCCUCAACCCUUUCACUUCUAAGGUCAUCGCAGGGACUGGCCCAGAUGAUACCCAACCUGGGCCCAGCGUGGGUCCCCCCAGCAAAGACAAGGACAAAGCGCUACCCAGCUUCUGGAUCCCGUCGCUGACUCCCGAGGCCAAGGCCACCAAACUGGAGAAGCCAUCGCGAAUCGUGACCUGCCCCAUGUCAGGGAAGCCUCUGCGCAUGUCGGACCUGACGCCUGUGCGUUUCACACCACUCGAUGACUCGGUGGACCGCGUGGGGCUCAUCACGCGCAGCGAGCGCUACGUGUGCGCAGUGACCCGUGACAGCUUGAGCAAUGCCACACCGUGCGCCGUGCUGAGGCCCUCUGGGGCAGUGGUCACCCUUGAGUGUGUGGAGAAGCUGAUUCGGAAGGACAUGGUGGACCCCGUGAAUGGUGACAAGCUUACCGAGCGCGACAUCAUUGUGCUCCAGCGGGGUGGCACAGGAUUCGCGGGCUCCGGAGUGAAGCUGCAGGCCGAGAAGUCCCGGCCUGUGAUGCAGGCCUAGCCCGGUGGGAAACCUAAUAAAGCGCUGGGUGCACUUGGA